AUGGGAAACUAUACAGCAAUGAGAGUAUUUUCUAUAUAGACGUGCUGCGGAAACAGCUUGUGUGCGCCUCAGUUCGAAAUUUAUGUGUCAGAUCGUGAAAACCUGCCUGCUCAAAAUCCUGAAACAGCGUUAACAAAAAGGAACAAAAAUGAUCUUCAAGAAGCUGAGCCUUUAAAAGAACAAAUGUCAGCUAUUAGAGAGUCUAUUAUGCUGGACUCACAAUACCGAGACACAAGUUUUGACAGGUCAAGAAUACAGAAAUUAGAAAGCGCUAUGCAUUAUGCGAAAUUAUUGAGAUUAAAAGUAUUAAGCUCGGCGACACUUCCGAAGAAUUUGGUCAUUUCUAUCAAUGCGUUGGGACAUGAAAAUUCGUUAAGAGAUGUGAAGGACGGGAUUACUUAUUUUGGGUGCAAAAAAAGAGCAAAGUCUCAAGGGAUAGGAAAAGGACCAGUUAUCAAUGAUUUUGUAAUCCCUUCCCAAGACAAAUAUUUGGCAGAAAAACACAGAGGGCAGCAUUUCCAGAUUUAUUAUGAUCUUAUUAAGGACGCUUAUUAUGUAAAAGAUUUAGGGGUCGGGUUUGGGACGUUCUUGAGGCUUGCAUCUCAGCUUAUUUUGAAGGAAAAUUAUUUGCUGCAUAUGGGAGAUAACUUCAUUUUGGUGAAUCUUGUGGCAAGUCCUGAUCAUAACUCCCCAAGGUUAAGGCUCAAACUAUUUGGCGCCCCAUGCUCUGGGGACGUUUUUUAUUUUAACGCUUCAGAUUACAAUGAAAGCGUCAUAAGGAUAGGAAGGACCACUAGGCUUAAUUAGAUUAUAGAAAAGCUCCCUGUCGGGAUCUGAAGAUCCUUAUUCCCUUUAGAAAACGAGACAAGCUUGCUUAUUCUCAAAUAAGCCCUUGGCUCUAAUGAUCUCAACAAUAAUCCAAAUAAACAGAAAGCGCUUUAAAAACGUUUUAGACCUUCAGAAAUAAGACAGCUGAGAUUUUGAACGGGCAAAAUAAAAACUUUUCUUCUUAUUCCCUUCUAUAGUACUCCACUCGUCUGUAAGGCGAACUUCAAAGUCUUGCUCCGCCUGCUCCCUGGGCAUUGGAAAGUUUGGAUCACCACGCUGUACUUCAACAAGGUUGCCUACCAUUGAAAAUUCAAAAGGGUUGAAUUUUCUGGUUUACUCUGGGCUAAGAUGGAAAUCCAUAGCCCAAAGCGUAAGGAUAGGGAGAACCACAAAAUGUGAAAUUCAAAUAGAAGAUUCUUUGAUUUCCAAGGUGCAAUGCACUAUUUAUUAUUCCUUAGAAGGAUGGAUUUUAGUAGACGGAGACCUAGAAAAUGACAGAACAAGCACAAAUGGGACCUGGCUUUACUUGAAUGAAAACCACGAGCUGUCCAAUGGGAUGAUGUUUAAAUCCAAUCAUACCUUGUUUCAAGUAUCUAUUGUGUAA